UAUCUUUAAAUAAAUAUUUAAAGAGAAAUUUUAAAGAAGAAGAGAAAUGCAAUUACUUAGUACGAAUGGAACGUUUUCUAAAUGGUCUACGUUAUGGGAUGAAGGGUGGUUUACAGUAUCAUCAAGAUGUGAACAUCCCUGGAUGGAUGUUCCACAAGAAAAAUUUCGAGAUAUUUUAAAUAAACCUUUGAAACAUUCGUAUGGUUCACAAAUAAGUUCGAGUAGUUCUAGUGAAGUGUUAUUUGAAGAGUCAUUUUCCUUUGUGGAAUCUAAGCAGCGUGCAAAAGUAUUAUCAUUGAAAGGAGUUUCGCCAUGGCUUGAAUAUGAUUCAUAUAAUUCAGAAUCUAUUAAUGCGAGAGAUGUAUUUUCAUCUCGUAUGUUAGAUGGAGUGAAUAAUUUAACAUCAAUACGAAAUGAAAAUAAUAUGGGUGCUUUGACAUCGCCUUUCUCGAAUUUAUCUAAAGAAUUAAAUAUUCCUACGCAGCACAAAUAUCCAACUAAGCAUCAAGAAUUGCAGACGAAUAGUGCAGGUUCAUCGUUGCAAAAAUAUUUCUGCAAUGAAACAAAUGAACCUAGUUUGGAUGCUGUGCAUUCGAAAAAAAGUCCAGAAUCCUCAAUUAAAACAGAUUUGUAUAAAACAGAAUUGUGUAGAAAUUGGGAAGAAAAUAGAGAAUGCCGAUAUGGUCUUAAAUGUCAAUUUGCUCAUGGAUAUUCCGAACUUCGUAAUUUACUUCGACACCCUAAAUAUAAAACGUCUCCAUGUAAGACAUUUAUGGAAAUCGGUUUUUGUCCAUACGGUCAACGAUGUUGUUUUUCUCAUGUUAAGGACUCUAUAAAACCAAAAAAACUAGAUAUAUCGCAACCAUUCGAGAAAACUUCAUUUCAAUCAUCUUUGCUUCUUCCACAAUUAUCUAAUUCUUCAAAUCUUAAAAAACAUGAGAAAUCGCUUAGUUUAAAGCCUCCUUUACAAAUAGUUACUGAUAACUAUAUAUCCGGAUUUACUCAUUCAUUUAAUGAUAUUACUUUACUGGACGAAAUAUCUCCAUUUACUCUUGGUUAAUUUUCUUUUUUCUCUAUUCACUCGAUAUUAUUUUUUUUGAUACCC